GGCACAGACGCAGGUUUCCCACGACCAAUCGCCGCGAAUAGUCCGCUCCAGUGAAAUAUUCAGAAAAAAACAAAAAUCAAAUCAGUCCGAAUCUUAUGUAAAAAGUGUUUGAAAUUUAAAAGUGUUAACUUGCAGCUUUUUAUGUAACGCAGAAGUUUUGGCAAAAGCGUUAGCCCGGAUAUAGUGUUAGAUCGGAAUACAAAAGUCUAUAAGCAACAACAAAUAUGGAGAGCUUUGCAGCAGUUGCCACACAGCUGGGGCCACACUUUGCCCCACUGUCCAAUGGAUCAGUAGUAGACAAGGUCACACCCGAUAUGGCGCACUUAAUCAGCCCAUAUUGGAAUCAGUUUCCCGCUAUGGAUCCCAUCUGGGCGAAAAUCCUAACCGCCUACAUGAUCAUGAUCGGCAUGAUCUCCUGGUGCGGAAAUGGCGUGGUGAUCUACAUAUUCGCCACAACAAAAUCGUUGCGCACGCCUGCUAACCUAUUGGUCAUCAAUCUGGCAAUUUCCGACUUUGGCAUCAUGAUCACCAAUACGCCCAUGAUGGGAAUCAAUCUGUACUUCGAGACCUGGGUGCUGGGUCCCAUGAUGUGCGACAUUUAUGCCGGUCUGGGCUCUGCCUUCGGCUGCAGCUCCAUUUGGUCCAUGUGCAUGAUAUCGCUGGAUCGUUAUCAAGUGAUUGUCAAGGGCAUGGCCGGCCGCCCCAUGACAAUACCGCUGGCAUUGGGCAAGAUUGCCUACAUUUGGUUCAUGUCCAGCAUUUGGUGCUUGGCGCCCGCCUUCGGCUGGAGCAGGUAUGUGCCCGAGGGUAAUCUGACAUCGUGCGGUAUUGACUACUUGGAACGCGAUUGGAAUCCACGCUCAUAUCUGAUUUUCUACUCGAUCUUCGUCUACUAUAUUCCUCUGUUCUUGAUCUGCUACUCUUACUGGUUCAUCAUUGCCGCCGUCUCUGCCCACGAGAAAGCCAUGCGCGAACAGGCCAAGAAAAUGAACGUCAAAUCUCUGCGCUCGUCCGAGGAUGCCGAGAAGAGCGCUGAGGGCAAACUGGCCAAGGUCGCUCUGGUCACCAUCACACUGUGGUUCAUGGCGUGGACACCCUAUCUGGUCAUUAACUGCAUGGGUCUAUUCAAGUUCGAGGGUCUCACACCACUGAACACCAUCUGGGGCGCCUGCUUUGCCAAGUCGGCUGCCUGCUACAAUCCAAUUGUAUACGGCAUCAGCCAUCCCAAGUACCGCUUGGCACUGAAGGAGAAGUGCCCAUGCUGCGUCUUUGGCAAGGUGGACGAUGGCAAGUCCAGCGAUGCUCAGUCCACAGCGACAGCCAGCGAAGCCGAAUCCAAGGCAUAAGAGACCACGACAACAACAACAACAACUUCUACUUACAACAGCAACAAAUAUAACAACAUCAAUAUCAAUACAAAAGAACAACAACAGCAAGAACAACUGCAGCAACAGAACGAAACGCUUUCGAAUAACAAUAAUAGCAAUUUGUUAAAUAACAAAACAAUGUUAACUAACUUAUGUCAAAAUCAAUCUUCUGCAAUGUCAAUAAAGACUAAAAAAUCUACAAAAAAAAUAAAGGCAAACGAACUAGAAAAGUUACAUAA